CACUGAACAGUCCCUUUUGUUUACUUCAAGUGCAAACAUGAUUUAAAUUUGACAUUUCGAACGAAAAACAUGAUUGAACGAAUUACUCUGUCGAUUCUUGUAUAACCGUGAUCGUCGCAGAGUAGAUUCUUCAAUCAGCGUGAGAAACAGUCUCCACCUACUGAUCUGAGCGAUGCGUUUAAAGCACCUGAACACUGUUAUACCAGCACAGGAUGGAGAGGCUCGUAUCACAGCGAUUGCCUGGUCACCCAACAACUUGAAGCUUGCUGUAUGCACGUCAGAUAGAAUCGUGCUUCUCUUUGAUGAAAAUGGUGUGAAACGAGAUAAGUUUCCUACAAAGCCAUCAGAUUCAAAGUUUGGCAAAAAGAGUUAUUCCGUGAAAGGCCUUGCAUUCUCCCCAGACUCAACCAAAGUUGCUGUGGGUCAGACUGAUAACAUAAUUUAUGUCUAUAAAUUAGGUGAUGAUUGGGGUGACAAGAAAGUCAUAUGUAACAAAUUUCCACAGCAGUCUGCUGUAACAUGCUUGGUGUGGCUUGCUGAUGGGCCAAUUAUAUGUGGGACUGCUGAUGGAAAGUUGCGUGCAGCACAUAUUAAGAAUAACAAGACCCAAACAUUGUACACUACCAACUCCUAUGUUGUGUCACUUGCAAUGAACUCUCAAGGAACAGGAUUUUUGUCAGGGCAUGCUGACGGCUCAAUUGUUCGAUAUUAUGUGACUCAGGAAGAUAAUAUGGAGCCCCAAGGUAGAGUUACUACUCAUCCCCACCCUGUUCCUCCCUAUGCAUUAUCAUGGCCUAUGGGAUGUGUCAUUGCUGCAGGCUGUGACAAAAGAGUUACUGUCUAUGACCGAGACGGUAGAGUCAGUAAUCAGUUUGACUACAGCAAGGAUGAGAGUGAAAGGGAAUUUACUGUUGCAUGCACCAGUCCAAGUGGACAAGCAGUGUGCGUUGGUAGUUAUGAUAAACUACGUUUGUUUGGAUGGAAUCCCCGAAAGCAAUCUUGGGAAGAGGAAGCGGUUAAAGAAGUGCCUCAUCUGUACACUGUUACAGCAAUGUCAUGGAAAAGGGAUGGGUCUAAAAUAGCAUGUGGGGCUCUUUGUGGCUCUGUGGAAAUUUUUGAAUCUGUUAUCAAACGAAUGCUGUGGAAAAAUAAAUUUGAGAUGACUUAUGUUGGUCCAAGUCAAGUACUGGUGAGACCAUUAUCCUCAGGAGCCAGGGGUGUGGUUCUAAGGUCACAAUUUGGUUAUGAAAUAGAUGACGUUCGAAUAAUGGGUAGAGAUAAUUAUUUAGUUGCUAGGACUCCCAAAACUCUCCUAUUGGGUGAUCUAGAGCGGAACCUGUUAAGUGAGGUGAUGUGGCCUAAUUCCGGCCGGAAUGAAAGGUUUUACUUUGACAACCCUUUGGUUUGUUUAAUAUUUAAUGCUGGAGAACUGAGUCUUGUAGAAUAUGGCAGCAACCAUAUUCUGGGAUCUGUCAGGACGGAGUUUAUGAACCCACAUCUCAUAAGUGUCAGGCUCAAUGAGAGAAGACCUGAAAAUAGCACAGAAGAUAGUAAAACUUUAGCAUAUCUUCUGGAUUUGAAAACGAUUUGUAUUGUGGAUUUGGUUUAUGGAGUAACUCUGUCUCAAGUGACCCAUGAUUCUAAAAUUGACUGGUUGGAGUUGAAUGAAACUGGACACAGACUGCUGUUUAGGGACAAAAAAAUGCGCCUUACUCUUCUAGAUAUCAGAUCUGACACGAGGACUCUGAUUUUAAGCUAUUGUACAUUUGUUCAGUGGGUCCCUGGAAGUGAUGUUGUUGUUGCUCAGAGCCGAUCAAACUUAUGUGUUUGGUAUAAUAUUGACCGCCCUGAUGGGGUCACUAUUAUAAUGGUGAAGGGAGAAGUCACCGAUGUUGUAAGAGCUGAUAACAAGACGGAAGUUUUGGUGCUGGAGGGGCACUCUCAACUGAGCUACGAGUUGGAUGAGGGCUUGGUAGAGUUUGGCACAGCCGUUCAAGAUAAUGACUUUGGACGUGCAGUUCUCUAUUUAGAAACCUUAAAAGAUAGAGCUGUUGCUGAGGGAAUGUGGCAAAAUCUUGGGGCUAUAGCGCUGUCUCAAAAUAACUUAAAAGUGGCUGAGCGAUGUUAUGCAGCUUUGGGUGAUAUAUCCCGCACCCAUUUUCUGAGAGAGACUAUGAGAAUCGCUGAAGAAUACUCUAAAGAAACAGGUCAAGAGUGGACAAGUUGUCCAGAUUUAUGGGCUCGAAUAGCAUUACUGAAUAACAAGCUAAAGAGCGCUGAAGCAAUAUAUUUAGAACAAAAUCAAAUUGACAAAGCAAUUGAAAUGUACCAGAAAAUGCAUAAGUGGAACCAAGCUCUUUCAAUUGCUGAGCUCAAGGGUCAUUCCGGCACAGAAGAUUUGGCUUCAAAGUACCUCUCUUGGCUUGUGGAAACAAAGCAGGACGACAAGGCAGGAGAGGUAAAAGAGCAGAAUGGAGACCUUGAAGAGGCCUUACAACUGUACUUGAAGGCUGGACUUCCCCUUCGUGCUUCUAGGCUGCUACAGAACAACCCUCAUCUGCUCUCAAACGAAGACCUUGUUUCCCGCGUCACUUCUGCUCUUCAUCGAUCUGAAUUAUUUGAACAAGCUGGGCAGCUUUAUGAGAAGCUCAACCAACCUCAGAAAGCCCUUGAUUGUUACCGUCGAGGCCAUGCCUAUGCUCGGGCUGUUGAAUUAUCCCGGCAGAUUUCACCUUCAGAGGUUGUGUUCCUCGAAGACCAGUGGGGAGACUUCCUUGUAAAUUCUCAACAGUUGGAUGCAGCCAUAAAUCACUACAUAGAAGCUGGGAAAAUGAGCAAAGCACUUGAUGCUGCUGUAGGGGCAAGGCAGUGGAGGAAGGCAGAGCAAAUCAUUCAAGUAAUAAAGGAUAAUAGUAUUGUUGAGAAGUACUCUGUGCUGCUAGGGCAGCAUUUUGCAUCUGUACAAGAUUACAGCACGGCAGAAAAGUUGUAUUCCCAAGCAGGCAUGUUUAAAGAAGCUGUGGAAAUGUAUAACAAAGCAGGCCUUUGGGAUAAAGCUCACAGCAUAGCCAAUCAACAUUUGCAGUCAAAUGAAGUCAAUUCUAUGUAUGCUGAGCAAGCAGCUUUGUUGCAACAACAGGGGAAGUUUCGGGAUGCAGAGAAACUCUUUGUGUCUAUUGACCAGCCUGAUGCUGCCAUUUCAAUGUAUAAACAGCAAAAGCAAUAUGAUCAGAUGAUGCGACUCGUCGUUCAAUAUCAUCCUGAUUUAGUUCAGACGACUCAUUUACACUUGGCGCAGCAGUUAGAAGCAGAAUCAAGCCAUGCAUCUGCUGAGUAUCACUAUAAUCAAGCUGGAGAUUGGAAGUCUGCUGUCAACAUGUACAGGACAGCUCUUAUGUGGGAAGAUGCCUACAGGGUGGCUAACCAAAAGGGAGGAGCUGCAGCAGCAAUGCAGGUGGCGUUUUUGUGGUCCAAGAGUCUGGGAGCCGAUUCAGCUGUCAAAUUGCUGAACAAAAUGAAUCUUCUACAGGCCUGCAUAGAUUAUGCAUGUGAAACAUAUCAGUUUGAUUAUGCUUUUGAACUGUCUCGGUUGGGACUGAAGUCUCACCUCCCCCAAGUUCAUUAUAAGUAUGCUAUGGCUCUAGAAGAUGAUGGGAAAUUCCAAGAAGCAGAAGAUGAGUUUGUGAAAGCAGGCAAACCAAAAGAAGCUGUUCUAAUGUUUAUCCACAAUCUGGAUUGGGACAAUGCUGCCCGUGUUGCUGAGCUUCAUGAUCCAGAUAGUGUUUCUGAUGUUCUCAUUGGUCAAGCAAAAGAUGCAUUUGCUCGAAACAGCCUUUCUCAAUUUGAAUCUCUGCUACUGCGAGCUCAUAAACCAGAAUUCAUUGUUAAGCAGUACAAGGAGGCUGGUAUGUGGGUGGAUGCCCUUCGUGUAUGUAGAGAGUAUUUACCUAUGCGUCUCCCUCAACUACAAACUGAAUAUGAACAGCAGCUGGGCAAUGCAAGUGGUCCAAGUGAUGUUUCCCAUUUGAUAGCUCAGGCCAAGGAAUGGGAGGAGAGCGGAGAAUACAAGACAGCUGUUGACUGUCUAAUCAGAGCAAGUUUAAAUGCUCAAGAUUCUUCCAUAAUAAUGCGCACUCUCUCAGAUGCUGCUGAAAUAACAAUGAAAUUUCUGGAAGGGAAUCAGUCUAUGGAAGCAGUUCGUGUUCUAGGACCAAGGAUGAUGGAAAUGAAACAGUCCAGUCUUGCUGCCCAAUUGUACCUAUCUGCAGGUUUAAGCCGGGAAGCAAUUGAUGUACUCAUUCAGGCAGGAGACUGGAACAGAGCAAAGAAAAUUGCCAGAGAAUAUGACCCGACUUAUGAAGCAUAUGUUGAGGGAAGGCAAAAAGACUUACUCCGGUCACAGGGAAGAGUGGAUCAACUCGCAGAUGUAGAUGUGAUUAGUGCGCUUGAUUUGAUGGCAGAACAAGGACAGUGGGACAGGUGCCUUGAAGCAGCCUCUCCUCAUGGACCUCAUGUACUGCACAAAUAUGUAGCUCUUUAUGCAUCUCAGCUCAUAAAGGAAGGCCAGGCCCUGAAAGCAUUCGGACUUUAUACAAAAUAUGAUGCUCCUGCCUUUUCUCAAAAUUUCAAUAUUUAUCGCAGAAUUGCAUUAGAAAUAUUUAGUAUGCCAGGGCUUGACAAUGCUGAUGCCUUUACUACUUGGAAGCAGCUCCGCACAAUGUUUUACAAGCUGAUGGAAAACUUGCGGACAAGUUCUGAAGAUGUAUCUCAAGCUUACAACGAGUUUGAAACUCUUUUGAGAAUAAGCCACUACUACACAUUGUGGUCAGCCUGCAGGUCAAAUCCGUCAAUGGAGCAGACUGCAUUUAAACUUGCUACAGCCUUGUUGAGAUAUUCCGACAUUAUUCCAGCAGAUAAGGCAUUUUACGAAGCUGGAAUGGCAGCUAGGGAUGUAGGUCGGGAAAAUGAGGCGUUUGUCUUCUUGAACCACUACUUAGAUAUAUGUGAGGCAAUCGAGGAAGGAAAUGUGGAUUUGCUGGAUCAUUCAGACUUUACAGAAACAGAUUUUCCACAAGAAAUUCCUCUUCCUGCUGCACCGUACCUCAAUCCAAAACAGCAUGAAGAAGUCAAGGAGUGGGUAUUGGCAAUAUCCAUGGACCAAAAAGUUGACCAGGUUUUGCCUUUAGAUGAGCGCAAUCUUUAUGCAUCUUCCUUGCGGUCCAGUAACAAGGCAGAACCAGCAGCCUUCCCCUGUGUUGUGACUGGCUACCCAGUUAUGGGUGUUGGCUCAGCAAGAGUUGGACGCCAUCCUGCCCCUGUUGAGUUCCAGAAGUCUAAUUGUUAUGCGAACCAGGAGGAUUGGAAUGGGUUAGUGAUGGCAGCAAGGCUGCCAGGUGGAACAGCCUCAAAUUUUGCUGAUGUUUUUGAUUUUAUUAAUGAGUGGUGUGGUAGAAGUAAUAGUGGAACUGCUGGCAUGUCAGGGUUCUCUUUUAAGUAGAAUUAUGUUUCUAGGCUUUAUGUAGUUUCAUUGACUAUUUUUGACUUGUGACUUAAUUUUCAGUUGAUGUUUGUAUGGUAUUUUCCCUUGUGUAUUUUAUGGUACUGGAGUGAAUAUAUUUGUUGAUAAACCA